AUGGCCCUGCGGCAUGACCCCAUGGAGCCCAACUUCCUGCCGGCGGACCCGCCCCCCCUCGCCGAGGGGCACUACCUGCCGCGGGACGACCUCGCCACCGAGUACUUCAACACGUUCAACCAGAUAUGCGAGAGCUACCAGCGGCCCGCGGAGCCGGUGGACGCGGAGCUCCGGCAGACGUCGGACUCGCUGCGGCUCACGAGCCAGAUACUGGACGAGGGGCACGGCGAGUUCAUCAGCACGGAUUUCCUCAACGAGCGCGUGCGGCGGGCCGCUGAGCUGGGCGGCGGAAGGCACGCGGCGGCAAAGGAGCAGCUGUUCCAGUUCGGGCAGCCGGACGCCUCGGCCCUGCUGAGGCAGAGGGCGCGCCGGAGGUACAACGAGGAGCACGGGCUGCAGGCGCCGCCGGCCACCAGCCAAGAGAGCGGGUACGGCAGCGAUGAGUUCGGGCACGACUCGCCCAGCCGGUACGCGUCGCCGAAGGGCGCGGGCGCCGGCGCGUCGUACCAGGAGCCGUACUACGCGGGCGGCGAGUGGGGCGCCGGCUACUACCAGCCGCCGCCGCCGUACCAGCACGACCCCUAUGCCACCUCGCCAGGCAUAGCGGGCGGUGCGGCUGGCGAGGCGGGCGGGGGUGCGGGCGCGGGGGGCGCGGAGCUGCCCCUCCCCCCCAUGUCCUCCUUCAGGGCCGCGGCGCCGGUACACUCGCCCACCGACACGAUGCUGCUAACGAAGCCGCCGCUGCAGCCGAUGUACGGCGGCGCGGCCACAAGCGGAGCGGGCGCGGGGGCGGGCGCGGGUGCUGAAGCGGGCAGCCUCUCCUCGUACGGCUCGUCGCCGUCGACGCCGGUGCACUCGCCGCCGCCCCUCCACGCGCGCCUCUACCCGCUCAAACACUCGCCCCACCACGCGCACCACAUGCACCACCAUAACGGACAGCAACAGGCCGCAGGGUGGGCGGGCGUAGCGUCCCCUCCCGGAGCUGGCGUUGGCUCUGUGGGUUCAGUUGGUCCCGUGGGUCCCGUGGGCGCCGUGGGCGCCGUGGGUGCCGUGGGCGCCGUGGGCACAGUAGCCAACGUGCUGCCCAACGGUCACCAGCACCACGUGGCCGUCUUCCCGCACAACGUUAUGGGCGCGCCGGCCGAGCAGCGACAGCUGGACGAGGCGAUGGUCUUCCUGCGGGACCAUUCAGACAUCGUUGGCGCGAGGAUGGAGGAGAGACUGGACGACGCCAUAAACGUCCUUCGCAACCACGCGGAGGCGCCAGAGCUGUACCCGCACGAAGUGCAUCACCAGCCGCCCGCAGCGAGCCGGCUGGGACCUUUGGCGCACGCGCCGCCUGAGCCCCCCGUCAAGUUGGAGCGCCAUCUAUUGCCCAACACAAAGAAACGCAAGGAGCCGCCGGACGUGGCCUUGGAGGCGAAACCCUCAUCCUCGGGCGCCCCAGACCACUCGAAGCCGCCGAACAAACGCUCGCGCAGAUAUGGUUGUGGUGUGGCGCGCAGCUGCUCGUCCGCCGACGAGGAGGACGUCGACCCCGACACGAAGGCGGCGCGCGAGAGAGAGCGGCGCCAGGCGAACAACGUGCGCGAGAGUUGCUCGUCGGCGGACGAGGGCGACGACGACGCGGACCCACAGGCGAAAGCGCUGCGCGAAAAGGAGAGGCGGCAGGCGAACAACGCGCGGGAGAGGAUAAGGAUAAGAGACAUAAACGAAGCGCUAAAGGAGCUGGGCAGGAUGUGUAUGACGCACCUGAAGAGUGACAAGCCACAGACCAAGCUGGGCAUACUGAAUAUGGCGGUGGAGGUCAUCAUGACUCUCGAGCAGCAAGUACGAGAGCGGAACCUGAAUCCGAAAGCAGCAUGCCUAAAGAGACGCGAAGAGGAGAAGGCGGAGGAGGCGCCUAAGCUUCUCGCGGCGCCCUUACAGCACUACCAACCCAUGCCGGGUCUGGGCCAGCUGGGCGGGCAGCCGCCGACGGGCGCCCCGCCGCAGCAA